AUGGUAUUGACCAGGCAAGGAAGUAGGCAACAGUCGGAGAUGGAGAACGACGUUCCAGUUUCCACAUCGGGAGCAGACACUCGUCCGAUGGCAGAAAACACCGCUGUGACCGCAAUCCAUAGCAGCGCCGCUCUAACCACCACGACAACAUCGUCUAUAGCACCACAUGUAUCAAGUGACGUGUCAUUUAAUUCUGAUGUCCUAAACAAUACAGUGAUUUCACCCGCCUUCGCUAGCCAGACAGCGCAAGGCAUACGCAGAGACUUCCGAAGAGAGAACAUGGAGUUCCAGAUGGAACCAGGAUAUGGUGAUGGCAUACACGAAAUGAUCGCAUCCGUUGGCGUAGCUCAAGCGCAGUUGAUGAGGAGCGUGGAGGAAAUAAUGCAAUUGGGGAGUGCAUUAAACCAGCGAAUGGAUAGUGUAAGGCACAGUAUUCCGCCCAUAGCGGCACUUCAGCCUCCUCCGAGUAUGCCUAGACCAGAUGUUCACGUCAGAGCAGAGCACCAAGGUAUGCCGCCACCACCAAGAUUUGACCAAGCUAGGGAGUCCGGCCAGUGGCCAGGUUUCCGCAAUCCACCACCUUUGACGGGGCCAGGAACAGCAAAUAGGCCAGCACCCAACAACAAUGCUUAUAUACAUGAGCGCUUCAAUCGCGAUGUAACGCAACCACCGGAAGCUUUUUACUGGCAGUCUUCACAAAAUACGCCUUAUUCAUAUAUACCAUCCCCAGGUCCAAGAAUGGAUUUGCAGAAAUGGGGAAUAAAGUUUGACGGCAGCGGCAAAACGAUGGAUGCCGAAGACUUCGUGUUCCGAGUAGAAUCAAUGAGGCAGGAUUAUGUAUAUCCUUUCGAAGCGUUGGUUAAGAAUUUUCCACAACUGCUAGAUGGAACCGCUUUAGAUUGGUACUGGCAGCAGCGAAGAAUUGCGCCUUUCCAAAGCUGGGAUGAUCUGAAAAAUGCCUUUUUGUGCCAAUUUAGACGAUUCGAGAGCGAAUUUCAGAUUCAAAAAAGAAUUAUGGACCGCCGUCAACAACCACAAGAAUCUUUUGAAGAUUUCUUCAAUGCUGUUGUGAAACUUAGGAAUCAGCAGAGAUUUCCGUAUUCUGAACGUGACCUAGUGGAGAUAAUGAAAGGCAAUUUGAAAUCUGCCUUGGCAGCUCUGAUUUUUACCAUAAAACUCCGUGGCUUGAACCACUUCAGACAGGAAGUAAAGCGUGCAGAAAGCAUGUUAGCUAACCAGCGGCAAGCCUACCAACAAAGGUCUUUUCAAGCUCCAAGAGUGCAGGAGCUCUACUACGAAGAAGCAAAUAUGGAGACGGUGCAUGAAGCGGUGAACCUAGAGGUGGACGCCUUGAAAGACACUACCAAAUACACCUGCUGGAAUUGUCGGAAGUCGGGUCACAGCUACAUAGAGUGUCCUGUACCCAUGGGUCGAGUUUUCUGCUUUCGAUGUGGUAAAGAGGGAGUUGUUACACCAAAGUGUCCUAAGUGUCAGGGAAACUUGACACGGAGCGCGCCUCGUACUGCGGAAGCGCGUUCCACACAGACAGAGAUCCCGCAGCAGUAAGAGAGGAUUCUGAAGAAACACCUGACAUUUCCAAUACAACUCCAAUUACAAUUCUGGUUAAUCCAGAAGCGAAAACCUUGAAGAUAGAGAGCCAGGUUAGAGAGUUGAAACCCUUGCAUGUGCGUGUGAAGGAAUAUGAAGAGGCUAGAGCAAGAAUUUUUGGUCAGGUUUCUACAAAAGUUAAAAGAGCGCGAGAACGUUAUAAGCGCAGGAAACAGAUCCGUCACGCUAUUGCUUCUGCGUCUUUGUAUGAAGGUGACGAUGCGAGGCUUUACACGAAAAUUCGAAUCCAGGGCGCUGAUAUAGAGGGUUUGCUUGAUAGUGGUGCCACCGUUUGUUGCCUAGCACUGCUGAUGAGACCCCACACAGGAUGGUUGGCAAAUUUAGCGUUCCAAUUACCUUCAAUAACCGAACCCGGGAGAUCACUUUCUACCUUGUACCCACUUUGAAGAAAGAACUAUUCCUCGGAGUAGAUUUCAUGAAGGCCUUCGGCUUGUUCGCAUCGGUGGAAAGCCUUACUACCAACAGUGUUAGCUUAUGUGAUGAAGCGGAUGGUGGGGCUGAUGAUGACAAAAAGA